AUGUUUAUAAAGUGUCAGAUAGGCUUUAUGGCCUUUUGGUUGUUGGCCAUGUUUAUGGGCUCAACAGCUCAUGUCAAUGCCUAUAGGAAGUUUGGACAGGAUUGUCGCGAUAUUACCUGUGCACCCACUGAGAGAUGCAUUCUAUCCAACAUAGCCUGCGAAAAGGAUCAACAGAAUGGCGAACACUGCGGCCUGUACCCCAAAUGUAUGGAGCGUUCGACGAGCGCAGAUCAGCAGUAUGAUCGUUUCACGAUCGACAGCACAGCCAACACUCGUAGUAGCAUCAACGCACCCAUCUCUAGUCCCAUCACCAGCACGAUCCAACUGAACACUAAGUCGGACGACUAUAUGGACACGGACAGUGGCUUUGAAUUCAUUAAUAGCGAUGCAGGCGCCAAUUCAGUUAUCAGUCAUGCCGAUCAGCGGCAGACAAACGUACUGGUCAUUGUGCAGGAUGGCACAUGGCAGCCCAAUCAAAAUCCCAAUCCCAAUCGUAAUCCGAACUUCAAUUACAAUAGGCAGCCUUGGCGACAGCCCUGCAUUGUUAGUCCUUAUUAUCCUUAUGCCUGCAUGCCCGCCUCGAAAUCAGUGCCAGCUUAUGGCAACGCUCGAGGCUCGGGACUUGGAUUCUGGAAGGCGAACUCGUCGUUCGCCUCAAGUGUUCUAUCCUCCACCAGCACCGCUCCCAAUGCUCCCACCGGGUGCAAUUCCAGCACCACUACCACCUCAAAUACAACCACGCCAAGUUCAGCCACGCCAAGUUCAGCCACGCCAAGUUCAGCGACAACAAGCACAGCCACAGUUGAAUCCUUUUCUCUUGGCAACCUUCCCAUCUUCCCAGAUUCUCCAGACUUUAUUGACAUGGACUCAGAGUCAUCAAACGCACUUCAUAAUCUAACCACACGACAAGUACCUAUGCCGGGACCUAGACCUAUGCCUAUGCCAAUGCCAAUGCCUAUGCCAGCACCAAUGCCAGUGCCGAGAUACCAUCCUGUUCCCGUUCCUAGACCCUAUCCAGGACGAGUCUAUUAUCCUCCCUGGCGCAGGCCUGUGCCCAUGCCAAUGCCUAUGCGUCCUCCUUACUAUAUACGUCCUCCGAUUGUCAUUCUGCCAAUUGGCAUGGGGAGUUAUGCUGGCGUGGGCUACAAUACCAAUCAAUAUUAUGGGCCAGGCGGAGCGUAUCCCGCUUAUAAUGCACCACAAUUUACCACUCAGGGACCGAUCUAUGAUUACUACAACAACAACUAUAAUUACAACAAUUACGACAACAAUAAUAAUAAUAAUUAAAAUAAUUAUGGAUAA